UAUUUCAUUUCAAAUUGAAAUAUAAAAAUUAUUGUGAAUAUUAUUAAUUGUUACAUUUUUACGUAUAUUGUUAAAGUAGUCAUAUAACAUGCCAAACACAAAUAAUAGGACUGACAGAAAGAAACUUUCCCGGAUCUACAGGAAGAAGAUAAAAUUACAAAGGGGAAACAAGGAGAAACAAAAUGUAGAUGAUGAUAUAGAUGAAAGUAAAAAGCCUAGGAUUAUUGUGCGUAAUAUACCAUUUAAAGCAACUAAGGAAGAUGUGAAGAAGUUUUAUGAACCAUUUGGUGAAAUAUUAGAAAUAAAUUUCCCAAAACGUAUGGAUGGUACAAUAGUUGGAUGUUGUUUCAUUCAUUUUAAACAGUUAGAAGAUGCAUCAAAAGCAAUAUUUAAUACAAAUAAAAAAGAAUUUUUAGGGAGAGUAAUAAGUAGCAGUUGGGCUGUUGCAAAAUCUAAAUAUUGUGAAAAGUUGAAAAAGGAAUCAGCAAGUACAGAAAAUUUGAAUGGUAUUGAAGAACAUGAUAAAGAACAAAGUAAAGAUAGAGGAUCAAAACAAAAGGAAGUUAAAGAAGAUGAAGAUCCAUCUAAACAGGAAGUAUUGCUACAAGCAAAAAAAGAAAACAGAAAAUUUAUGAAAGAAAAAAAUCGAAAGAAAAGAGCAAGAAUUGUAGUGAGAAAUUUGGCAUUCCAGGUAAGAGAAGAAACUUUGAGAAAACAAUUUUCUGAAUAUGGUACAAUUGAAGAAAUAAAAAUUUUGAAAAGAAGCGAUGGUAAAAAUGUUGGUUGCGCAUUUUUGCAAUUUGAACUUGUACAAAGUGCAGCUAAAGCUAUACAUUAUGGAAAUUUACAACCAUUUCUUGAUAGACCUAUGAUAGUUGAUUGGGCCUUACCCAAAGAUAAAUUUAGUAAAAAUGAUUCUGAAAAUAUAAACACUGAUGAUGUAAAAGUAAAGAUAGAGAAAGAAAGUGAUACAGAAGAUUCACCUUCUAAAGAGAGUGCACAGAAAUCAAAUACAAGUGAAGAGUUAGGUGGUGAAAAUGAUAAACACUUUGACAUUAUCACAGAAAAUGCCGACUUUGAUGAUGAUUUAGAAGAAGUUAAAGUAGAAUCAGAAAAUGAAAAUUCAGAGAAAGACAGUCAGGAAGAUGAAGAUGAUGAAGAAAAAGUGGACGUAAAAGAGAUAAAACGCCCGCGAUUCAAGUCUCAUGAUGUUUCGGAAAGAAAAACUGUGUUUCUAAAAAACGUACCAUUUUCUGUGAAAAAUGAGGAAUUAAAGAAAUACAUGGAACAGUUUGGACCUGUUUAUUAUGCUCUCGUAUGCAUGGAUCCACUUACUGAAUUUUCAAAGGGUACAGCAUUUGUAAAAUUUAAGGUAAAUUUAGAUAACGAAUAUCUAAUUUUUUAUUGUGCAAUAGAAACACACAGAGCACUGGAUAGAAACGAACUGGACAGUAAAGGAAAUGAAAAGCAGCGUAAAGAAAGGGACUCUAGAAAUUUAUAUCUUGUAAAAGAAGGAGUUGUAUUAGCUGGAAGUUCAGCUGCAACUGGAGUUUCUCCAGCAGAUAUGGCGAAACGUUUGGAGAUAGAGCAAUGGAAGUCACAGAUUCUGCGAAAUUUAAAUAUGUUCGUAUCAAGAGUACGACUUGUCAUUCAUAAUUUACCACCAACAAUGAACGAUAUUAAACUCAGAAAAAUUGUUGAACGUCAUAGUCCUCCUAAAUCUGUUAUUAGAGAGGCACGUGUUAUGCGUGAUCUCAGAAACAUAGAUAACAGAGGAAUGGGAAAGUCGAAAGAGUAUGCAUUCGUUUCAUUCAUGAGACAUGAAGAUGCACUUCAAACUUUGAGAACUAUAAAUAAUAAUCCAAAUAUAUUUACACCAAACAGAAGGCCAAUAGUGUCUUUUUCGAUAGAAAACCGGGUUAUGGUGAACGCCAAACAGAAGAGACUUCAAAAGAGUCGCGAGAACAAUCCUCUUUGGGCAGGAAAUAAGUUUAAGAGGAAAGCAGAAGAUACAAAUGGGGAAGUUCCAACAAAACGAUUAAAAGUUGAAAAUAAAGUAGAUGAAUCAGACCUAAAACCAUACGCUGGAAUGGUUGGUAAACUAGGUCAAAAUAAGUUACGAUCAAAACAUAAUUUAAAAACUCAAGCAAUGUUGCAUGGUCAAACGGUGAGAAAAGAAAAGAAGAUGAAAAAGGCCUCCAAAAAGCUAGAAACGAAAAUACAGCAGAAAAUUGCAAAUCACAAAGAAGUUAAACCAAAACAAAGGACAAAGGUAAAUCCAGAUGACAUAAAUUUGGAUAAACUUGUAAAUAAAUAUAAAGAUACGUUAAAGUCGAUGGAGCUGAAAAAAUCUAAAUGGUACGAAUCAUAA